GGUGACAACACCAGAAUGGGGAAGACACCAGGCUGCGAGAGGAGGAGCUUUCACAGGUAUGACCUCCAUCUACCGAGUGGUUUGCGAGUCAUUCAGACAACCUGCCAGAGGACAACAGACAUCAUGAAUAUGAUUGUCUUCUUUCUUCUGGCCGUGCAAAUGCACAGUGUGGUGUCAGUGAAUUACACUCUGUGGCAUGCACGAGUGGCGGACUAUCGAGAUUCAAAGCCCUUCGACUAUUAUGAGGACGGUGGUAUGGGUAACGCAUACAUUUACUCCUACAGCAGCAACACGAGCAGACAAGUAGUACCGGUACAGGACUGGAUGAGAAAAAUCACAGCAGAAGAUCCUCAGUACUGGCAGAGAGAGACCGAGAAGGCUGUUGCUCGUGAGCAGUUCCACACAAACAGAUUUGAAGCUAAUUUGAAGAUUUUGAAUCGAACUGAAGGUUUUCACAUUGCUAUGUGGGUUUCUGGAUGUAAAUGGAAUGAUGAGACUGAUGAGGUCACAGGUUGGUAUUUGGAAGACUUGGGACUUUUCCAAGACUACACGCCGAUUAGGAGAUGGACCGCAGCAAAAGAACAAGGGGAUCACAUCAAACUGAUCUGGGACGAUGACAAAGCUCCCCCAGACACCUUCAAGUUCUACACUGAGGAGUGUCCUUCUAACUUGAAGAUGUUUGUGAGCAUCUUAACGAGAACAGAGCUUCCAAAGGUGUCCCUACUCCAGGAGACACCAUCUUCUCCGGUCAGCUGCAACGCAACAGGUUUCUACCCCAACAAAGCAGUCAUGUUUUGGAGGAAAGACGGCGAGAAGCUGCACGAGGGCGUGGACCACGGAGAAAUGCUCCAAGACGGAACCUUCCAGAUGUCUGUGGACCUGAACGUGACGGCCGACAUGGAGGGCAAGUACGAAUGUGUGUUUCAGCUGACUGGCGUCAAGGAGGACAUCGUCACCGAGCUGGAGAGCAGAAGCAUCCUGAGCAACGCGAGCGGUGAAGACCUCAAUACAACCAUCUCUGGUAAUAACAGCCAAGCGACAUCAUGGCCGACCACCAUCACUAUCAGACCAACAACCAACGGUACUUCCAAUGACAACCAAACUACUUUCUGGCCAAACACAACCAUUGAAGCAACCGCCCGACCCAGUCUCAACAACUCGGAUGCCACCCCGCCAACUCCUGGUCACAGUAAGUCCACAGAUCAUCUGGAAGACCUCAAUACAACCAUCUCUGGUAAUAACAGCCAAGCAACCUCACGGCCGACCACCAUCACUAUCAGACCAACAACCAACGGUACUUCCAUUGGCAACCAAACUACUACCUGGCCGAACACAACCAUUGAAGCAACCGCCCGACCCAGUCUCAACAACCUGGACCCCACCCCGCGAACUCCUGGUCACAUCAAGACCACAAAUUAUCUGGAAGAAAACUUGAGCGUCAAGGUCGCUGUUGUCACGGUGGGGGUCGUUGCUGGGGCUGUCCUUCUGUCGGCCAUCAUCUUUGGGAUUGUCAAGCGUUACAGACACACUCACGGUUUUUACUGGGUCAACAGGCCGACUGAAUCCUGGGUCACAGUGGCCAUGCGGCAUCUGAGGCUUACUCAGUCUGAGUCUGAGUCUGAGUCUGAGUCUGAGUCUGUGUGAGAAACAGCAGCUGGCACACAG